AUGACAACAACCGUUCCCAAAGUGUUUGCAUUCCAUGAAUUUGCAGGAGUAGCUGAAGCAGUUGCUGAUCAUGUUAUUCACGCUCAAAACUCAGCCCUUAAGAAGGGUAGAGUCUCAAGAUCUUCACAGAUGUCCGGGACGAGUCUGAACGGAAACGGAAGCACAGAAUCUAAAACAAUGGAGAGAGUAAAUUCUGUAAGGAGUAAUGCCUCCAGCCGUGGUGGUAGCGAAGAUGGCGCCACUAAGAAAUUGAAAAAGGAGAAGGAAAGGCGCUUCAAGAUUGCGUUGUCCGGUGGCUCGUUAAUCCAAGUGUUGCAUGAAGGAUUAUUGAAAAGAGACGACGUUCAAUGGGGUAAAUGGGAUAUUUACUUUGCCGAUGAAAGACUGGUGCCCUUUACCUCCAGUGAGAGCAACUAUGGUCUAGCUAAGAGAAAAAUAUUCGAUUUGAUAGAUACAGAGAAGUAUGGAACUCCGAAAAUUUAUCACAUUGACGAGUCGUUGAUUAAUGACCCUCAAGAAUGUGCGGAUAAUUAUGAGAAAAUCCUAAUUAAAGGAUUUGCCGGUAGAGAUUCUGUGAAGCUACCGAUGUUUGAUCUGUUCCUGCUUGGCUGUGCUCCGGACGGUCACAUAGCCUCAUUAUUCCCCAAUUUUCAAGAGAAUCUACGUGAAAACUUGGCAUGGGUCAUACCUGUGGAAAAUGCACCUAGUGGACCUUCGAAUAGAAUUUCGCUGACUAUCCCAGUUAUUUGUCACUCUCAUAGAGUCACCUUUGUUGUAGAAGGCGCCACAAAGGCGCCCGUAAUUAAGACCAUAAUGGAAAGACCAGAAAAGGGGUUGCCUAGCAGUAUCGUCAAUGAGGGCGCCGCCGGUCGUGUUUCAUGGUUUGUGGACGACGAUGCUUUAAAAGAUGUCUUUGUAAUUAAGAAGAAAUACAAGUUUUACGACGAUGAAAAUUUAACUGAGUAG